CUCCAUCAGUUUUCAUCGACAAGAGAUCCCGCAAACCUCGCAUUAAUUAUUAUUCUCAUUACUCCGAGGUAAUUCGAAAUAAACAAUUCGAGGGGCACAUCGGGCGUGAAAAAUGAUUGUUUUUCAAACCGAUUGUUGGUCGGCAAUCGAAUGGUAUUUGUUCCAUCGGAGAAUUGGAUUUCUAGUGAUAAUUUUCGCUGCUGGUAUCGUAUGGAUCCUGCGGAAAAUCCAGCGAUGGUAUCAAAUUCAAAAAAGGUAUUGGAUAUGUCUUGAUAAGAUUCCUGGACCUCCAGCUUUACCCAUCGUCGGGAACACAAUAGCACUGAAUGUUGAUCAUGGCGAGCUCUAUCAAAGACUAAUCGGGAUGAGGAUGCUCUGGGGUUGUCAUGACGGAAUUAAUAAAGCCUGGUUGGGUCCAAACCCUUACAUAUUCGUCAGCAAAGCCUCGACUGUUGAAAAAAUUCUCAGCAGCAAUCGGCACAUUGAUAAAAGCUUCGAUUACAAUUUUCUACGUCCUUGGCUUGGAACAGGCUUACUCACCAGCAACGGGAGUAAAUGGCGUCAGCGGCGAAAAAUCCUGACGCCGACGUUCCACUUCACGAUAUUGGAGGACUUCAUCGAAGUCUUUGGAGAACAGACUGCUAUCUUGGUAAAACAACUGGAAUCCGAACUUCACAAUGAAUCAUUCAAUAUUUCUCCUUACGUGACUCACUGCACUUUGGAUAUUAUCUGUGAAACUGCUAUGGGAAGACAAGUUUCUGCUCAGAAUAACAGUGACAGCGAGUAUGUACGUGCUGUUUAUGAAAUUGGAAAUAUAAUACAAACCCGCCAGGCGUCAAUAUGGUACCAUCCGGACUCACUUUUCAGAAUUACUCCGCUGUACAAAAAACAUCAGGAGUGCAUACGUGUUCUACAUGCCUUUUCUAGUAAAGUGAUAUCAGAGAGAAAAGGGGAAAUCCUGAAUAACACUGAGAAUAAUAAUAUCGAUGAGGUUAACGGAAUGAAAAAAAAACGGCUGGCAUUCUUGGAUAUGUUGAUUGAAGCUUCUGAAAAUGGAACUAUUUUAUCAAAUGAGGAUAUUAGAGAGGAAGUCGACACCUUUAUGUUUGAAGGCCAUGACACGACAUCAUCUGCUAUCUGCUGGACGCUUUAUCUUCUCGGGUGUCAUCCAGAGUAUCAAGAGCGCGUCGUCGAGGAAUUAGAUCAAGUUUACGGUGAAGGUGAUUAUCACCGGCGGCCGACACUCAAGGACUUGAAGAGCAUGAGGUAUUUAGAGAGGUGCAUCAAGGAAGCAUUACGAUUGUAUCCAAGUGUUCCACUCCUUGCUCGUCGCAUUGCGGAAGACGUGCAGAUUGGGAGCUACACGAUUCCAGAGGGUACGACGGCGGUGGUCAUUGUUCCGAUGCUUCACAGAAACCCCGAGGUCUUCUCUAAUCCGGAAAAAUUCGAUCCUGAUAGAUUCUCCCCGGAGAAUUCCAAGGGAAGACAUCCCUAUGCCUUCAUUCCUUUCAGCGCGGGACCGAGAAAUUGUAUUGGGCAAAAAUUCGCUCUGUUGGAGGAGAAAGCGGUGAUCUCAGGAGUUUUGAGGAAAUUUAGAAUUGAAUCAGCGGAGCGUCGAGAGGACGUCAGUAUCACAGCUGAACUAGUAAUCAGAGCUAAAAACGGUCUCAACGUCCGUAUAAAACCGCGAUUAUGAGUAAAGCAAUUCAUUAAUCACUGUAAAUAAUUUUCACCAGCAUUAUUAUUGAAAUUAUUUAUAAUAAAAAAACAUAC